CUGAUGUCAUUUGGCAGAAAGGGAGGCUGAGCUAACGGUGGACAUACGGCUGGAAAGCAUAACAAUAACGCUACCGUUUUACUGUCCACACUGGGACCUGUAACAUCCCUAUUGGAUUGAAAUACGCAGCGUGUCUCCUGUCUUCUCGCCGUGGUCCGGAGAAGAGGUGGAGGAAGAGUGAAGCUGGCUGGCUAACGGGCUGAAAGUACCAGAUGCUAUUCCAGCGGAGAAGGGGAACGAAUAACCAAGAGACGGUGAUGGGUUCUCGUUUUCCUGACGGGUAACGUUAGACCCUCGCUAAACAAAAACAAGGAUACCGCAAAGUGAGGGGAACUUGCUUUGCUCCGUCUGCACCUCCGUUUGUGUGACAUUGGGUCUGAAAUGCUAGCGCAGUCGCGGUCUCGGCCGUCGAGCAGCUUCUGGGCCGCAGCUCGGCACACCGAGCCCGAAUCUGGGAAGUAGCUAGCUAGCUAUCUGCUAGCCGCAGCUGUGCCCGAUGCUGCUGCUGCUGCGGCGGCUGCUGCUGCUAAACGGAUCAGAAAGACAACACAAACGGUUCAGGGACUUGGCGCUGAGUGAGCUAUUGUUUUACCUUACUGGACUACUACGGGCAUUUGAGAUGUGAUGCUUUUGUGCUUCGUAUUUGAGCCUUAUGUAGCCAGAGGCUCUCGCUUGCUUGACGCGAAGGAGCUAACGUUGCUGCAAAAUGCACAGCGGAACCACAACAGCAGGCUCCUGCUGAAGGGGGCGAGGUUAGACUGAUAACCCUGUGUUUCUCAACACUCCGGGACACAUUUAGACAACGACCACCACUUUUCGCCCCGUCAUUCACCGCUUCAUCAGCUGGCGAUAUGGAUAAACUAACGAUCAUUUCAGGGUGCCUGUUUCUGGCAGCAGAUAUCUUUGCAAUAGCCAGCAUUGCAAACCCAGACUGGAUCAACACUGGUGAAUCAGCAGGUGCCCUUACAGUUGGUCUAGUCCGGCAAUGUCAGACCAUCCAUGGACGAGACCGAACCUGUAUCCCACCGCGGCUGCCCCCGGAGUGGGUCACCACACUUUUCUUCAUCAUCAUGGGCAUCAUCUCCCUCACGGUCACCUGUGGACUGCUGGUGGCAUCACACUGGCGCAGAGAAGCCACCAAAUACGCCCGCUGGAUUGCCUUCACUGGCAUGAUCCUCUUCUGCAUGGCGGCACUCAUCUUCCCCAUAGGCUUCUAUAUCAACGAAGUGGGAGGUCAGCCGUACAAGCUGCCCAACAACACAGUGGUCGGCUCCUCGUACGUGCUGUUUGUCCUCUCCAUCUUCUUCACCAUAGUGGGACUGCUGUUUGCAGGCAAAGUUUGCCUCCCAGGCUGAGGACUCGACUGUGCCGCCUCUGGACUGACACAAGAGGCUCUGAAAAUUUUAUGGGAUUUACUAAAACACACAAUGACUGAAUAUUAAAAAACAACAAACUCUGGCCAGAAGCCUGAAACAGGGAAGCCUCAGCUUAUGUGUCAAGGGACCGCAGCACCAUGGAGUACCUAACUACUAAAAGAUGAAAACGAAUAAAUGAACAAAACACUAAAGGGGGACACGGGCACAAAGGGUUGUAGGAGUGUGAGAGAGGGCAGCUGAGGCUGUCGCAACACCCUGCCACUGUUGAUUUAAAAUAUGGCCGUCUCUCUGUUGUUGUUCUGGAAAGGGUGCUUAAUGUGCCGCUGUCAUGGCAACCAGGGCCACAAUGCUGGCGCACAUUUCUUGAGGACCACUACAGCCACUCCUCGACUUGACUCCCAGCCGCCCGCCCGCCGCCCUCAGCACACAUCUGCACCGUCACGACCGCUCCUGUUGCUAUUUUUGGCUUCUCUUAGCUAUUUCAGUUGUGUGUUUUUCUGUUGUUGUACAUUUUGUGUUCUUAUGUUUGUUUUUUUUUCCUUGCACCCCCCGCCGCCUUUCCACUGAAGUAGUUUGAGUGUAAUUGAGGUUCACUGAACUAAACCCUUGAAGGA